CAUUUGCAUUGUGGUUGCCGCGCUCCAAGCUUUGAACUCCAAGCUUUGAGCUCCCUCAUUGUGAAUUGUUCGAAAAUUGUGUACAUGCCUAUGUGGCUAAGCUUGGGCGCCAAAACUCGAUUAGUCGUGGCAUCACUAUUAGUUGUGUAGACGCUCUACUUGAAGUUCCCCAAAUUCAUAUGUCCCAUCCGCUUCGACAACUACUGCCAAUGGGUCGAGGCAAACGCCAAAUCCCUGAGUCCGAACAUGAAUUACCUGCAAACCCUGUUCCAAAGAGAACGUCAGCCAAAGCUGCCUGCGAGGCCUGCAGACGCCGUAAAUCCAAGUGUAACGCGGAGCGCCCUAAAUGCUCUUCUUGCAUUGAGCGACUGACUCAAUGCGAGUACAAGACGCUCCCAACAGAGACGCAUCUUACGGCCCAAAAGCGCCGCCUGUCGGAUCUUGAGGCUAAAUGCAGAGCCUAUGAGAACUUGUAUUCCAUUCUCAGGACUAGCCCUCCGGACGAAGCUAGCCUGGUUUUGCGAAGAGUCAGAUCUGGAGUCGAUGUCGAAACCGUCCUCCAGUCGAUUCAAGAAGGUGAUUUGCUGCUCCAGCUGGUUUUACGCCCCGAAUGGCGUUACCGAUAUGACUUUCCCUAUCUGAAAGAGAUGCCCAGCUUCUUAGGGCUGUGGCCAAAUCCCUAUCUACGCUCGACUUUGCACGACAGAGCUCUAAUUUCACCAUCACAACAUCGAAUGCUGACGGAACAACUAAUCACCAGCGAAGACGAGAUGAACAGGAUGUACCUGGUUCCCUAUCACGCGGUUAGUAUGACAGACUUUAGGCUCGGUUCGGUCGACGUCGCCAAGUGGACCACAGUAUCCUCUGACAAUGCCUUGCUGCGUGCGCUCGUGGAGAUCUACUUUGUUUUCGAAUUUCCAUUCCACCCUUUCUUUCACAAGGAGCUCUUCUUAGAUGAUCUUCUCAAUGACCGACAUCGAUUUUGUUCUCCGCUUCUCGUGAAUGCUGUUCUCGCGGCGGCAUGGCAUGGUUAUAGUGGCAUCAAGACCCGGGCCGACUAUUGGCAUCCAGAGAACCAGGGCUAUCGCUUCCUCUCCGAGGCGAAACGGCUACUAGAUUUAGAACAGGGUCUUGGAAAGAUUACCACGGUUCAGGCAGCCGCCAUAAUCAACCUUACCUGCAACAUCAAUGGUGUUGAUGAGCUAAGCUGGUCAUACCUUUACAAAUCUAUAGAAAUGGCCCAGAGGCUCCAACUAUUCACUGUUUCACCCGAGUCGAGCCGGGAAUGGCAGGUUGCAGCCAAUACUACAGCUUGGUGUUUAUUCAACUGGCAAGCCUUUGCAUGUUUUCACAAUUUCCGGAGCCCCCUUUUAUCAGAGCCCCCGAACCAUCCGUUACCCACCUACGGCGAGGCAGAAGCAUGCUAUGGCGAGAUUUGGGUCAGUUACCCUGCCAGCAAGGCACCUAUCGGUAUUUGCAAUGGGGAGGUUUUCGUUGCCGUUUGUAUUUUCCGUGUCAUACUCAAUGAUAUGGCAAAGUCUUUCAAACACUCCAGCGAUGCGGAUCGCGUACCGCUAGACGAUGCGUAUAGUGCUCGGGGAAGAUUGAGAGUGUGGUAUGCAAAUCUCCCGGAGCCUCUACGGCCCGAUAGAAUUGUCCUGCCGAAUCACUUGAAGGUCCAUAUGCACUAUCAUGUCCUCUUAAUUUCCUUAUUCGAACAAUUUCAACAUGUCGAGGUACCAGACAGGACCGACAGCCCGGCCAGCAUCGUCGCUGAAGCAAAGGCAUGCUUCGAGACAUUGAUACGAUUGUACUAUCUUCGUCAUGGAUUCGAGUCGUAUGACGUUACUUUACUACAGUUCCUUCCCAUGCUCGCAUCGAGCUCGCUCCAUGGUGUGACGGAAGCGAACGUCAGCUCUGAUGUCAAAGAAGCCAUACGCUCAACCAUCCUGCUCUGCGCCAAGGGCCUUCGGGAGCAAGGGAAGAAUUACUAUAUCUGCGAGGCGAUAUUUCGUCUCUUCCGGAAUUCGCUAAGCCAACAAGAUGCGCAACUUCUCAUGCGGGAAGUCUCGGGGAUAGAACAGGAGGAUAGCAGGAUGGUCACGAUGAUUUCGGAAAUCCGGUCGCAGUGGCCUAUUGGGGUCUUUAGCAAGACGAAGAAGAAUGCCGAUAAUACGGUAGGGCAUUUCUUGAAUUGGUGGGAACGGAUGAUGCAGGAUAAGCCACGACAGGCUAGCAAGACGCCGGACGUGGCUCAGCAAGACGUAGUUGAGCAGUGGACGAGGUACGAGCGAUAGUCUAAUGCAGGAGUCAUCGACCAUGGCCGGGGAAAGGGGUUAGACUGGGAGAAGGUAUCUGCAUUGAUAUAGAAUUCCUAUGGAUAUCGUGGGCCUACACGUUGGACACUAAGUACUAUAGUCUCCUUAAGCAUGUGCCUAGGAACUGGGUUUCAUAUACAGUAGACUGUUGAUAGACAUGAUCUGAUGGAC